AUGUUGUUCUUGCCUCUCACUAUGCUGGCUCUACUUACACAGCUCUCAAGUUUAUUAGGAACAGAAGUAAGGAUUCACUCUCAGAAAACAGUUGCCAAUGCUUGCACCCUGAUCAUAUGUAGUCCUUUGGAAAAUGGCCUGCCUGGGCGUGAUGGACGGGAUGGAAGAGAGGGCCCCCGGGGCAAGAAGGGGGAUCUAGGGUUGCCGGGAGCUAUAGGGCAAACAGGAAUGCCUGGACUAGCUGGCCCAGGGGGGCCAAAAGGGAACAAUGGCUCCAUUGGAGAACCAGAACACAAAGGAGACUCUGGGCCUCAUGGACCUCCAGGACCUCCAGGAGCCCCAGAAUUCCCAGGCAUUCCUGGUCAAGCUGGAAGAGAGGGCCCUUCAGGGAGACAGGGGAGCCCAGGCCCUCAAGGCAAACCAGGGUCAAAAGGAGAGGUUGGGUCCAAAGGGGAAGUAGGCAUCCCAGGUAUACAAGGAUUUACAGGACCAAGAGGCCCUAAAGGGGAGAGAGGAGUCACUGGUGAGCAUGGAACCCCUGGGACUGCUGGGGUAACAGGGCCUGCUUGAGCUAUGGGUCCAGAAGGACCUCCAGCCAGGGGUCCUCCAGGACUGAAGGGGAACAGAGGUAUUCCUGGAGACAAAGGUGUCAAGGGAGACAGUGGGCUUCCAGAUGUGGCUGUUCUGCAGCAGAAAAUAGAAGUCUUACAGAAACAGGUACAGCAUCUUCAGGCUGACUUCUUGCAGAAUGCAAAAGUGGAGCUUUUCCCCAAUGGCCGGGGUGUUGGUAAGAAGAUCUUCAAGACAAGUGGCUUUGAGAAGUCCUAUGAGGACGUCCAGCACACGUGCAUGCAGGCUGGUGGGAAGAUGGCCUCUCCACGCUCUUUAGCUGAGAAUGCUGCUGUGCAGGAGCUGGUCACUGUCCACAAUAAAGGCUUUCUGGGCAUGACUGACACCAAGAUGGAGGGCAGAUUCACCUAUCCUACAGGGAAACCCCUCACAUUUUCCAACUGGGCCCGAGAGCCCAACAACAAUGGUGGAGCAGAGAACUGUGUGGAAAUCUUUACCAAUGGCAAGUGGAAUGACAAAUCCUGUGCAGAGCCACGCCUGGUGAUCUGUGAGUUCUGA